AUGAGGUCCUCGUUGCUGGCGUGGUCGCUCCUUUCGCUUCUCUCUAUCCCAACUUUUGCCAUUCCUUCCGGCGAUAUCGCGAACGGUCUCAAUCUUGCGAACAAUCGCCUCGUCAAAAGAGCGGAACCGGUUGAAAAGACCGAGUCGGGGCCGGCGUCGACAACAUUCAAUGGCGUCGAAGUGCCGCCCCUGAAAGAGUUGACACCAGAGAGCUUUGAGGAGCUUGCCAAAAACGGUUACUGGUUUGUGAAGCACUAUUCUCCGUCAUGUUCCCAUUGCAAGGCGAUCGCUCCCACAUGGCAGACUCUAUACGAAUACUACUAUACAUCGAAACCGAUAUCCUCCUCUUCCGAGCCCUCCGAUACUCAAUCCCUUAACUCCUUUCAAAAUUUUUAUAACUUUCACUUCGCUUCGAUGAACUGUCUUGCGUUUUCGGAUUUCUGCAAGAGACUGGACGUCAAAUGGUUUCCGACAUUUUCCCUUUACCAUAAUGGCAAACUGGUUGAACACUUUGAGGGGGCUAAGACAAUGGAAGGCCUAAGUGAGUUCGUGGAAGGCAAGCUAGAAUCAAUCCGACCUGGGUCUCGUCCUCCGAAAGGCGUAAAGCUUCCCGCGCCGGGCGACAAACAGGUAGACACGGAAGCUGCGCCGGACAUCCCCGCCGCCAAGGACAAGGACCGUGUGGCGGGAGUCAAGGCUGGUGAGAAGCACAAUGAACAUGUCGCUCAGCUCGCCAGCGCAGAUGCUCCGGUGAAAUCUGCUACCCCUAAGGUGAACUCGGAACCAUCCGCGCCUGCGAACCCUCAAGGAAUCUCCGUUCCUCUUACAGCAGAGAGCUUCCAAAAGCUGGUCACGACUACCAGAGAUCCCUGGUUCGUCAAGUUCUAUGCUCCGUGGUGCCAUCACUGCCAAGCGCUGGCCCCUGUUUGGCAGGGAAUGGCCCGGGAGAUGCAGCAUGUCCUCAACGUUGGAGAGGUUAAUUGCGAUGCAGAGCCCAGGCUUUGCAAGGACGCUCGGGUGAACGCCUACCCGACGAUGUACUUCUUCCGCGGCGGCGAACGAGUUGAAUACACCGGUCUACGUGGUCUUGGCGAUUUGGUCAACUACGCGAAGAAGGCUGUGGACAUUGGAUCCGGUAUCCAGGAUGUCGACGCAGCUCAAUUCAAAGAGCUGGAAGAAAAGGAAGAAGUGAUCUUCCUGUACUUUUACGACCACGCAACGACCUCGGAAGAUUUUGAGGCCUUGGAACGAUUGACUCUCAGCUUGGUGGGUCACGCCAGAUUGGUCAAGACAAGCAGUGCGGCUCUUGCCGAGCGGUUCAAGAUCACAACCUGGCCUCGACUCUUAGUCUCCCGAGAUGGACGUCCCAGUUUCUACAAUGCUCUGGCUCCGAAGGAUAUGCGGGACGUCCGUCAGAUUCUGAACUGGAUGCGCUCCGUUUGGCUGCCUAUUGUCCCUGAACUCACAGUCUCUAACGCCCGUGAGAUCAUGGACGGGAAAUAUGUCGUUCUCGGGAUUCUGAGCCGGCGUCGCUCUGAUGAUUUUAUCCUUGCCAAGAGAGAACUAAAGAGCGCCGCUCUGGAGUGGAUGGAAAAACAAACCCAGUUGUUCCGAUUGGAGAGACAAGAACUUCGGGAUGCUAAGCAGCUACGUAUUGAGGAGGCAGAAGACCGCAAUGACCAACGAGCCUUGCGGGCUGCUAAGAACAUGCGCAUUUCCAUCCGGGAGGAUGACAAGAAGCAAGUUGGAUUUGCCUGGGUUGAUGGCGAGUUCUGGGAACGGUGGCUGAGGACCACUUUUGGUAUCGAUAUCGAGAACGGAGAACGGGUCAUCAUUAACGACCAGGAUAACCGACGCUACUGGGACGCCACUUCUAGUGGAGCUCCGAUCAUGGCCUCGCGAACCUCCAUUCUCGAAACGAUUCCGCUGGUCAUUGCCGACUCGUCGAAGUUGAAGCCUAAGUCCACCGUCGGAACAUUCGAAUACAUAUUCUUCGUCACCCGGUCCUUUAUUUCCGGCCAUCCCAUUAUUUUCGUCGCACUGUUUACCAUAAGCAUUGUUGCCGUAACUUACUUGGCUCGAGCAAGGCUAGCAAAGCGCGGUCUCAGUCGUGGUGGCAUCCUCGGUGCGGUUCAGAGCAACAGUGCCGGAUUUUUCCGUCUCGAUGGGAAGGAAGGUCUACUGAAUGGGGGCGGCACCGGAAAGGUCGAUUAG